AAAAUCAACAGAAACGAUAUUCAAUUUUUGUGAAAUGAAAACGUGACUUAAUAAAAGUGACACAUUUGUACAGAUCCGUGACCCAUGGGAUUACUAACAGAGCUUCUAAAAGUUUAAAAAUAGUUAAAUACUUGGUAAUGAAAUACCGAAUAGUUUAUCGUUGUUAUAAAUUGCACCUUGAAAAUUAUUUAUAUAUAAACAUUUAUUAUUAAAAUUAAUACAUAAUUCUUACAUCUUAGUCAUAAUAAUUUCAAAAUAUGGCUUCAAAAGUUACACUGUCCCAAGCUUUGGGUACAGAUGGAAGUGAUUUUAAUCAUAGACAAAAAAUUGCUAGUCAUUAUCAAAUCAGUGCAACAAAUAAAUCAAGACUAAAAUAUUGUAUAUUUUUUCAUUAUCUUCUUUUCUUUGUUAUGCUUGCCAAAUUGCAAGCUGAUAUUUUAGAUCAUUUGGAUAUAUUCAUUUUGGAAAUUGAGGAAUUGCAAGUACCACAGCCUUUAUGGUGGGAAUAUAUCUGGUGUACAAGUUUAAUUUUAAAUUUCCUUGCAUUAUCUGCUAUUAAAAAAAAUAAAAUUAAAACAUUAAAACAAUAUAUGAUAGGUAUCAUUCUAUUAGGAUAUGGUCCAUUACUUUAUGCACUUAUUUAUUAUUUUAAGGAUGUUUGGAAAUAUUUAACUAUUGGUAAAACAGAUGAAAUUCAUUUCUGGCAGGGUUUACCAUAUGGAUUGUUAUGGUAUGCAUUUAUUCUCUUAGCAUCACAAGUUCAUUCUUUUUCUUUGUUUUUUUCUUGGAAUCUUUUAGUAGCAUGGAAAACACGAGGAAGUAAAAAAGCAGAUUAAUGUAAUUAUAAAAUUUAUUUAAAUUUUGAGCAUAUCUGUAAAUAUCAUUAAUAAUAUAAUUAAAACUGUGAAAAUAUUGUUAACAUGCAAAUAUGUAUAUAUAAACAUAUGGUCAUAUUAUAUAUAUGAAAAUGAAUGGAUUAUAUAUUUUAAAACAAUUUAUUUUGUGGUUUUAUAAAUAAUUUUAAUAAUAAUUAAUGUUAAAAAAGAUAACAAUUGAUAAAUUUCUAUAUUAAAUAAAACAAUUAUAUAACAAAAAUGAA